CGCACAUAACGUAGUUUACGUUCAUCGGUCGGAGUGACAAAGAGAACGAGCACAGACCGACGGAGAAGAAAUAAAAAAGGAAAUUUCUGAAUUACCGUGGGGAUUGUGAUCGCCGUUUCCUCUAGGAACCGCACUUUUGGCUCGUUUCUUUAACUACCCGUGCGUAUAUUGGAUUUCUUAUUUCGCCAUCCAUGUGCAUGGAGUUAAGUGGGUCGGAACGGUCGAGGAUAUCAGUCUUGAAAUUGGGCAAUUGGAAAAUUCUCAUUCGUAUCGUUGGUUAGAGCAAGGAAGCCGCCAUGGCUGGUGCUACUGGAUCGUUGAGUCUCCACCUCAGUAUAUGAAAAAUACUGCAUGGUGAUGAAAAACCACUCCAAUUUCCCAGCGGUUUGAGGGUAUAUUAGAUACAGACUAUGUUCUUUGUGUAAAUCUCUGUUCCAGUCAGAGAGAGAGAGCGAGAGACAAGGAUCGGUGGGGUUCGAGGGAAACUGGGAAAAGACCAAUUUAAUGAGCACCUUCAUUCAUAAUCGAAUUUAUCUGAGGUUUCAUCACUGAAGAUAAUAGUAACAGUCAAAGAAAAACGCUCCCGUGGAAAAUGUUCUGAAAGCGAGACGGUCGCGAGCUCGCUGAAGAAAACGACAGCCAAGGAACCCCGGACAGUCGAGUGGCUUUCGCCCAUUUUUCCGUAUUAUUUAAGUGGGAGAUAAACUGGUUCCCGUGGGUCGAAACGGAUUCGUUAAAGACAAACAAGCGUAUAUUACUCUGAGAGACGCGUGGGAUUUCGGAUUGGAAAAUGUCCGGUCGGCCUAGAACCACCUCCUUCGCAGAAAGCUGCAAGCCAGUGCCGCAGCCGUCGGCUUUCGGCAGCAUGAAAGUCAGCAGAGAUAAAGAUGGCAGUAAAGUGACCACAGUGGUGGCGACCCCUGGACAGGGACCUGACCGGCCGCAGGAGGUCAGCUACACCGACACCAAGGUCAUCGGUAAUGGCUCUUUUGGCGUGGUCUAUCAGGCCAAGCUCUGUGACUCAGGAGAACUGGUGGCCAUUAAGAAGGUCCUUCAGGAUAAGCGAUUUAAGAACCGUGAGCUUCAGAUCAUGAGGAAAUUGGACCACUGCAACAUUGUGCGUCUGCGUUACUUCUUCUACUCCAGUGGAGAUAAGAAGGAUGAGGUGUAUCUGAAUUUGGUUCUGGACUACGUCCCUGAGACCGUGUACAGAGUGGCGAGACACUACAGCCGCGCUAAGCAGACCCUUCCCAUGGUUUAUGUGAAGUUGUACAUGUACCAGCUCUUCAGGAGUCUGGCCUACAUCCAUUCCUUUGGGAUCUGCCAUCGGGACAUAAAACCCCAGAAUCUUUUGCUGGACCCAGACACAGCUGUGCUCAAACUCUGUGACUUUGGCAGUGCUAAGCAGUUAGUACGUGGAGAGCCCAACGUUUCCUACAUAUGCUCACGGUACUACAGAGCCCCUGAACUCAUCUUUGGAGCAACCGACUACACCUCCAGCAUAGACGUGUGGUCAGCUGGUUGCGUGCUGGCGGAACUGUUGCUAGGACAACCAAUUUUCCCUGGUGACAGUGGAGUGGAUCAGCUGGUGGAAAUCAUCAAGGUGCUUGGCACUCCCACCCGUGAGCAGAUUCGGGAAAUGAACCCAAACUACACCGAGUUCAAAUUCCCGCAGAUUAAGGCCCAUCCAUGGACUAAGGUGAGUAAACAGGUGUUCCGGCCACGCACACCUCCGGAAGCCAUUGCAUUGUGUUCCCGGCUGUUGGAGUACACACCGACAGCUCGACUGACCCCACUAGAGGCCUGCGCUCAUUCCUUCUUUGAUGAACUGCGGGAUCCAAAUGUCAAGCUUCCUAAUGGCCGUGAGAAACCGUCCUUAUUCAACUUUACAACUCAAGAGCUGUCCAGUAACCCAUCUUUGGCCUCUAUCCUAAUUCCCGCUCAUGCACGUAACCAGGCAGGAGCUUCUACUCCCACCAACGCCUCUACCACUUCAGAUGCCAAUAGUGGAGAUCGCAGUCAGACCACAACUGCAGCCUCUGCCUCCGCCUCCAACACCUCAACCUGAGAGCCCCAGCCAAUCAGACCUGACCCUGCCUCCAGGGCCGUGCCCACCCCACUGCUCACCAGCUUAUUGGGCAGGAUUUGAGUCAUGUAACCACCACUCUUAUUCAGACUGCAAGAGCCAACCUUCAUUUACAUCUUUUUUUAACGAAGUUCAGAAAGAGUUCAAAAUGAUACAUGGAAAAGCCUUGUUAGGUGUAAUUCACGAGAACGACAGAGACAGAGAGAGCAGUGAGGAAAUGGGUUGGGUGGGGGGUAAACCGUAAUACCUGGUCCGUGACCAGCCGGAAUUUUUUUUUUUCCCAUUCUCAGAGGACAAUCUUGUUAUGUAAGCAAUCCGGUAGCCAGAUCCAUCCACUUCCAUUUCCAUUUGGACUCCCCUUCUCUCACCUGGACUGUCUCUAACUACAUGUUCUGUCCCUCUCUACUGUUCUGGGUCUCUUAUAGCGCAUGGCUACCCCAUAUACAGUGUGUGUGUGUAUUAUAUACAUAUAUAUAUAUAUAUAUAUAUAUAUAUAUAUAUAUAUAUAUAUUGGGGAAAUUAUGCAGCAUUCAAAACUUGAGGAAAUAUCGCAUCUAAUUGUAUCUUUAAAAAAAAAAAAAACAGAGGUAUAAAUGUAAAAACCGCAUGUUCCAACCACAAAGCCAACAGAGAAAUUCUCUGUUGCAGAUGAUCUAGGAGUUUUAAGUCUGCUGAAUGUUUUAAUUUGUUUUAUAAAAUGGGCAGUCUAGGGGAAGGGCAGACAUUUUGAUUGACAGGUGAGACGUGCGUCUCCAUCUCUGUGUUCUUGUAUGAUAUAUACAUACACAGUUUAUAUAUUACUUUGCAUUAUGUAAAAUAUAUAUAUAUAUAUAUAGUUAUAUAUAGAUCUAUAUCUAGCAUCAUCGGUCCAGAAUCCAUCAUGGAUUGUCGGGGCAGUGGAAACAUUUUGCCACUGACCAAAAUAAUACAGUAUGUUUAUGAGUAAGAACUUGGACACAUUUAGCUGGAGCUCCUUUCUAGCAAGCAUUUUGCUCUUUUGUGCUGUUUUCUGUUUGCCCGGUAGAAUUACAGAUCACCUUCUGAUUUGAUUUCCUCUCAUUAUUUAUUGUUGCGUGUGGGUCAGUGCUGUAAUGCUCAGAUUCAUUGUUCGUAUUCACACAGCGAGUUACAGCUAAACAUAAAGAACAGGUGAAGAAAACUCAUUAGAUUUGCGGACUGUGUUUGUGCUGCAUUCGCAAUGUUAAACUGAUGUGGCUGUGUUGGUUCAACCACUACUUUUUUCUUUGUCACGUUUCAGCAUACUUUCAACCUGAUUACAGAAAAAUGUACUUUUUCUUUAUCCAAAAUGUCUUAAUACGCAAAGUAUAGCAGUACAUGAAAAUGACAGACAUGUAUAUACAGUACAGAAAUAUUGCUUUUACUUUUUAUUUUAGUUUUUUUUUUUUUUUUUUUUGUAUAAUUUGUAAGCAUGUGUGAGUGAAUGUGUACAUGCGUGUGUUCUGCUAUGUACAUAUAUAUGCUGACCUGAGAACUGUUAAUGAGCGAAAACAAAGACGAGGAAUUAAAUGAAAAUGGAUCAGAGAAAAAAAAAAGAUUAAAAACAGAUUUAAAAGAUCAGGUUUGUUGGAUACUGUAGACAAGGAGCUUUCUCCAGCCAUAUAGUUUAAUCUUAUCUGUACAGUAGGUCCCAGCUAUAUUAUUGUAACUAUAUCUAGUAAUGUAUAGUGUAUCUAUAGUUUGGAGUGCCUUUGCUUCCAUACACUUCCUGUCCCUAGACCACACCCACUUCCUGUCUGCACUCAAGACAGACCACGCCCCUUCAUGUGACCCUCUGCAGGUGCUGUUGAUUGGUCAAGUCAAAAUGACUGACAGCUGACUUUAUUUCCUGUCCAAAACCACCCUCAGUGGCAUUUCUUUAGUGUUUUUUUUUUGUUUUGUUUUCUUUGAGGUGUGAUUCACUCAUGUAUUGAUACAAAUGUUUUUGUAUGUGGACGAAGUCGUGUUCCUGUGGAGCCAAUCACGAUGUGCGUUCUUACACUCGUUCCACUACCAAAGCGAACCAACUAUGAGCGUGUUGUGACGUAACUGCAACAUCCCGGGGGCAAUAAUGAUUUCUUUUAUGUUUUGGCUCGUUGGCCAGCUGACAGUACGCAGUAGAGAUGUCACGUAGCACCCGCCAGACCCUCAUCCCCGCACCCUCAAUGUAAAGCUUGCUUGUAAGAUACGCAUUCAUAGAUGUGUUGCUUUCCACAAAUGGUGUGACCACUUCUUGUGACUAAAGUUAGAGUAAAAAUGUAAAGACACAAGGGUUAAAAAUAAAUACAAAAAAAAAAAAAAAAAAGACAAAAAAAAAAAUGUUUUAAGGACUGUGGGCUAAAUACAGACUAUCGCAUUACAUACACUUAUUGGGAAAAAAGUUGUCUUGGUUUAAAAUGAAAAAAAGCAACCUGUAUAACAUUAAUAUUACUUGAAUGCCUCUGUUUGUGACUGAAAUUUUUAUUUUAUUUUAAAUAUAUUCUUUUUCUGUGAAGGUAUGCUAAAUGUCUCCUCUCCUUGUAAAUAUGUCCGUUUUGGUCCUUGGUGUGACUUGGAUUCAGAGACUAGUUACCUGGUACUGUAAUUUGCAUUAAAUAAAGAGUAGGAUAGCUUGGAAAUGA